GUACCAGCAAACAGACACACUCCCUCUAAAGCUGAGGGGACUGGAACAACCUGGUGAAGCUUGAUAGGUGGCUUUUGGGAUGGCUUCUGAUUAUUUGUGGUUUGAAGGCAUUCCUUUCCCCCAAGUGGAAUACAGAAUUGAAAAUCUGAGAUCUGUCAGAGAUGAAUUUGUGGUGAGGGAUGAAGAUGUCAUUACACUGUCUUACCCAAAGUCAGGAACCCACUGGGUGAUAGAGAUCAUCAGUAUGAUCCACUCCAAAGGAGAUUCCAGUUGGGUCCAAUCUGUUCCCAACUGGGACCGUUCACCAUGGAUAGAAUCAACAGCUGGGUAUGAACGUCUAAAGAAUCAGAAAGGACCACGACUCUUCACCUCCCACCUCCCCAUUCAAUUAUUUCCCAAGUCAUUCUUCAACUCCAAGGCCAAGGCUAUUUAUAUCAACAGAAAUCCCAGAGAUGUUAUUACUUCUGGUUUUUAUUACUGGAGAACAAUUAAACAUGUAAGAAAUCCAGACACGUUUGAACAAUUCUUUGAAUGGUUUCUUCAGGGAAAUGUGACAUUUGGAUCAUGGUUUGACCAUAUCAAUGGCUGGCUGCAAAUGAGAGGAAAAGAGAAUUUUAUGAUAAUAUCAUAUGAGGAGCUGCAUCAGGACAUAAGAGCCAGUGUAGAGAAGAUCAGCCAGUUCUUGGGCAAGAAGCUAGGCCCUGAAGAAUUCGACUCAGUCCUCAAAAACGUAUCCUUUGAGGUCAUGAAAAAUAAUAAAAUGAGCAAUUUUUCCCUAGCACCAGAUAGCUUCGUGGAUCACAGCAAAGGAAAAUUGAUGAGAAAAGGAGUCGUUGGGGACUGGAAACAUCACUUCACAGUGGCCCAGAGUGAAACCUUUGAUAAAAUAUACAAAGAGAAGAUGGCGGGGCUUCCUCAAGGGCUUUUCCCAUGGGAAUCGUGACCUAAUAUUUCUGAGUCUGAGAUGAAUACUGAUUCCCUUCAUGCCCUUAUGCACAGGCAUACUAAGAUGUAGCAGAAAAUUUGUCAUUGUAUCCUGGGGACUUUAGCCCAACAGUACAAUUACACUUGAUAAUUGAAACCUAAUAGGUACUUUAUUAAAUUUAUGCCAUGUCAGCUUCAAAAAAUUACUCAAUAUUUAAUACAUACAGAAAAUAACAUUUUAAAACUCACGUAAAUUUUACCCAGGCUAAGAAAUAAAAUCAAAUGCUUUGUUUAUUUGUGACAGAUUGAUUAAUGCAUGAAAUGUUUCCUGCAUGGUU